AUGGAGGAAGACUUGGGCGAUGAUGUGCUCAUGCAAGAUGGUGAUGCCACCGUGGUAGAGUCCACAGAACCUUUGAACCAUCCAGCAGACGCGCCGCCCGAGACAUCUAAUGCCACGCUGAACCUUCAUGGUCGUGCGGCCGCCUCACCGAAGCCCCUCUCUCCCAACACACCUACUCUAAAAGGCGACGGCGUGAGACGCGAAGCCCUGAUCUCAGCCGAUAAUCGAUUGUCUUUACGCCCGGAUGACCCGAAGCCGGCCAAAUGGAGCAUUCUCCCGUAUGCAACGUCCCAGACGGGACUCAUAUACGAUGUCCGCAUGCGUUUUCAUGUGGAAUCCGAGCCUACCGACGACGACUUACACCCCGAGGAUCCGCGUCGAAUACACGCUAUCUUCGAGGCUUUUGUCAAUGCUGGCCUUGCUUGGCAGGAGGGCGUGUCUGGACCAGCCGGAGAUUACUAUAUGGGCCGUAUUGACACACGGCGGGUGACGAAGGAGGAAGCCUGUCUUGUCCACACCGAGGAUCAUUGGAACUGGGUUCAGUCUCUGAGUACCCUUCGUGGCGUUCAGCUGAUCGACGAGCUGCAACAUCCGCCAGCAAAGAAUGAUUCAAUCUACCUGUCGGCCAGCACACCAUAUUGCGCUCAAUUGUCCGCCGGUGGUGCUAUCGAGGCGUGCAGAGCAGUCAUUCUGGGCAAGGUGAAGAAUGUCUUUGCUGUCAUUCGACCGCCAGGCCAUCAUGCAGAACGUGAGGAUGCCAAGGGCUUUUGUUUCUUCGACAACGUCAGCAUUGCCACAAAAGUCUGCCAGAGGGAAUUCGGCGAGCGCUGCCGCAAAGUAUUCAUCCUGGACUGGGAUGUCCAUCAUGGCAACGGCAUCCAACAGGCCCACUACGACGAUCCUAACGUGUUGUACAUCUCGCUUCACGUCCACAAACGUGGCAACUUCUAUCCCGAGACAUCCUAUCGCGACGGUAGGAAGGGCUACGGAAAUCAAUUUCACUGUGGUACGCGCAGAGCGCUGGGCAAGAACGUCAACAUACCUUGGUCCAAGCAAGGGAUGGGAGACGCCGACUACAUCUACGCCUUUCAGCAGAUCGUCAUGCCAAUUGCGACGGAAUUCGAUCCGGAUCUCGUUAUUGUUGCUGCUGGUUUCGACGCUGCAGAAGGUGACCUGCUGGGCGGAUGCAAAGUCACUCCGGCGGGCUACGCUCACAUGACACACAUGCUUAUGUCCCUGGCUCAGGGUAAAAUGGCCGUGUGUCUCGAGGGUGGUUACAACCUGGAGUCCAUCGCACGCUCUGCCUGUGCUGUCGCCAAGACAAUGAUGGGCGAGCCCCCAGAUCGGCUCGAAAACAUCAUACCUACAACUUCGGCUGUCGACGACAUCAAGGAAGUAUUGCGGAUACAAAGCAGAUUCUGGGGAUGUCUCUAUCCAAAGGACAUCUCGAUCAGACUGAAACAGCCAAUCCACAAUGGAGUGCGCAUGCACAACGUCGUGCGCGAAUGGCAAGCAGAGACGCUCUGGAACGAGCACGAGAUGUCGCCGUUGUUCAUCCACCAGGAGCAAUUGGCUACCGAAUUUGAGAAUCAGGUUCUCGCAACGUGGGUCUGACUCCUAACUUACUUGAAUUUCAGAUGAGCUAAUACGACGCAGGCCUAAAUACAAGGAGGCACGGCCAUUGUUGGUCAUUCUGCAUGACCCUCCGGAGGUCCUUGCGACGCCCGAUCCUCGCACUGGGCGAAUCGACCUCCACAACACCUGGCUGGUAAGUCUCUCAAAUCAGACUGCUAAAAGCAGGCACAUCGCUGACGUGACCGAAGACUGAUGUUGUGAAGACCUACGUCGACUGGGCUGUUAAGCAAGGGUUUUCCGUCAUCGAUGUCAACCUACCGAAACACAUCGCGGAUUACGACGCCAACUCCGACCAAGGGUACAGAGAAGCAAGCAGCGUUGAGUCGCGAGUGAAGGAAGCGACGCUCUUGCUGACCUAUUUGUGGGAGAACCACAUCGAAAUCUACGACGCAACGCAUGUGUUCCUCAUGGGCACAAACAUCGGCCAUGGUGCCAUUGUCAACUUCAUCAAGACCCACGAAGAACAAGCCGAGAGACUGGAUAAGGCAAUCUCAUUCGUCGAGGAUGUUCCCUUGUUGUCUUGCAAAUCAAUGACUAACGACAACCUCCGAGGCUGGUACUACAGCAUAUCUUUGGUUUUCGUCUCUGGCGAGCAUGCUUUCUGGACGAGUGAGGUUGGCACAAAGAGCAGGAAGAGGUUCGGAAAUGUCGCCAAGAGCGAGCAGCUUUACAUCGGCGACAUGCUUCACGGGCAUAAGGAAGCUGUCUUUGCUGCGCUAAUUGAUGCCACGGAAGAUUGGGAUCCCGAGAAAGCAGCAAGUGAGGACGACAUCGAAGCUCCUACUGCAGAGGCCCCGCGAUUGCCUCCGAUCGGGAACUUUGCGUUGUCUCCAUCGUCUAAGAAUCUUAUGAAUUCUCCUGGCAAGUCGACAUUCCCGCCGCCCGGAUCGAAUUCGCCGUAUCCAUCUGGCAUCCGGAGUCCACCCAAGUUUCCACCUCUGCAGAGUUUUGCACCGUCACCCAAGAGAUAG